UUUGUCUUGUCAAAUUCAAAAUUUCGCGACUGUUUGUGAUUUAAUGUUUAAGUGUUUUUCAUCAACAAAUUAUAAAAUUGUUCUUGUUAUUUAUAAUGACUAAAACUUAUAAACAACCAUAAUGGAUCAGUCUUAUUCUGACAGUGAUCUCUGUAUGUCUCCUACACAAAUAUUGGAGCGUUUACAAGUACUACGACAAUUACAAUUAAUGCAACGCGGGAAACUGCAGAAACAACGUUUGCAGUAUCAAGAAACAUCUGAAAACUCUUCAGGAUUCACGGAAAUUGUCAGCCAUUUCAGUAGUAGCACUAGUAGCAACUUAUUCCGAAGUUUAUUACAGUCUCCACGCGAGGAUCCAGACAAUGUUUCGCAAGUGAGUAAUGACAUCUCGCGAAAAGUUAACGAACAAGACCUCGUCGAAGGCAUCUCUAUAUUAAAUUUGUCACAAGAAUCCGAAUUUAUAAUCAAAUCGCCAAAUUCAGCAAGAAGCCAUGGUUCAACUAAACAGGAUAAUUUACCAUCAGGCCAACUGGAAUUCGCACGUGUGGAAAAGAAAUCUCCCGCCAAAAAACAAAUAGAAUUAGACGAGAUGCCUAUACUUACGCCGAAAAAGGAUUUCGAAGCUUUAAUCAUAGAGAAACUUAAAAAUGAAUUGGCUGUACCAGAACCAAAACAUUCUGUCACUGAAAACAAACCUAAUACUCAAAAAAGAACAUUUUUGAAAAGAGGCGAAGGUAUGGCCAGAUUUGGUUUGAGAAAAAAGGAUCUUGUGAUACAAAACACAAAGUCAUUACCUUGGAAGUCGCAAAAUUUCAAAAGCAAGAUGACUGAAUCUCCAAAACGAACUCAAAUAGAAAAAAAAGAUAUUCCAGUAACAGUCCAAGAACCAAAAGUGUCACCUAUCAUAAAUAGAAAUAUUGCUUUAAACAGACCAGAAAUUAAAGAAAAUCAAAAAUCUCUACCCCAAGAGAAUAAUUCUCAGAAAUCUGAAAAUACUAGUUCUACCACUCCAGAAAUUUAUUUAAACCAACCAAAUAAGAAAAUUAUAGAGAUGCCGAAAGGAAAGCAUCCACUGAUGACAAACAAAGGCAAGACAUGGGCUGCUGUCCUCACUAAAGAACAGAAUGACUUUCUAACACAACUAAAACAAAGUGAUUAUUACAAAAAUUUUGCAUCACCUGCAAAAAGCACCAUAUCUGAGGUGAGUUGUGAUGAAAAUCUAUCAAAAUUGACCCAAGAGAGAGAAGUAGCAGAGCAAAACAUGUUUGAAUUAUUAGAAAACAAAGUUUCACAUGAAAGCUUUGAUUUGGAGAGCUCAUUCUUCAGCAGAUUUUUUAGGAAAAACAAUCUAGAAUGUUCCGGAGAAAGCACACCAUUGAUCAUGCAGAAGUGUCUUGCUGCUAAUCCAAAUUUACUACACAUAGUCUCAGAUCUUAAGCAACGGAAGAAGAAUUUCUCACAAAGUGAAAUGGAGACUUGUCAAAGUGAAUACACAGAGUGCUGCAGUGAUGCCUGCUCCUCUGUGUCCAGUUGUUGUUCCUGCCAGACAGUUGAGCAUCCUCAAACACCACAAAGCUGCAUUUAUAACAAAAAAGAAUCUAUACCUAAAAAAACUAAACUAAUAAAAAGAAAAGAGACCGAAAAGGAAGAUAGUGACAAAUGCCAGAUUGACACUGUCACAGAAAAUGAUGUCAUGAAAGCCAACAUCGUAGAAAUGAAUACAAAAUUAAUUAACACCAGUGAACUACUAAAGGAAAGACUCCAUGAACUUGAAGAUGAAAUAGAAACAUUCAGAAAAGAAAAUGCUAAUUUGGCAAAAUUGAGAGAGGAAAUUGAUUCAGAAAGGCAAAAGUUCUAUGAGGAGAAGAAAGAAUUUGAACAGAAGUUUAAUGAAGAAAAAGUCUUAUCAGAGUAUUAUUUGGCUGAAGAAAGAGAAAAAAUAACUAAGCAGAAGCAAAUGUAUGAGCGCUAUGUAAGAGAAAUGAGAGGGAAGUUAAGUAAGAAAGAUAGGGAUGAAGUCAUCAAUCUGAAAAAAGAAGUUGAAAAUUUAAAGGAGGAAAUAAGAGUAAAGGAUGCAAAGUCGACAUCCACAAUAGCCAGACUGCGAAAUCAAAUAAAAAUUAUGGAAAAAGAAAAGAAAGACAUGACAACAGAAAUAGAAAAACUUAAAAAGGAAAAUAGAAGAAUUCAGCAUAGUAAUGACAUCACUAGAAGGCUAACUAAUAUGAAAUACCUUGCAGAAAUUAAUAAGAAAUUAGCUAAUGUGACUUCUAAAGAAAGUAGAUCAACAGUUGAUGUUGACAGUGAUGCAAAAUAUAAAGCUUUCGAGAUAGAUAGACAAAGUAGAAGUAAGAAAAAAGAAAAUACAAUAAAAGGAGCUAUGAGACCUAGAGCUAAAAGUGUUCCAAACCUAAAAGUUACUUCAAGAUAUGCAAAAUAUUUUAGUCAAAAAGAUUCAGUCAGUCAAAUGGAACAGAAUGGUCUAGUUAAUAUCGAAAGAUUGAGUGCUACUGGUGCUUCUGACAAUGACGAAAUAGAUGAUCUCGAAGAAGAUAAAGAUGUCAGUAUCUCUGAAGAGGAGUCAAUACAUUCCAGAAUCAAUUCUGAGAAUGGUGAAGAAAAUAACUUGGAAAAACUGUACAUGGAAACCUUUCGCUCAGUAUCGCCAAAAAGCAAUAUUUCCAAUGGAAGUUCAAUUAGAAAUCACUCGGAACAUGUCGGCGCGAAUGACUUCUUCCUUCGCCAGUCAAAUUCUAGGUCUAAUUCAAUACGGAGCUCAAAAUCACCUACACAAGAAUUGUAUGGGCAUAACUCUAGUAGGUCGUCAAAGUCCCCAGUUUCAAUACUUAGUAACCGACUGAGCAACCAAUCACCUAUCAACUCAUAUCGGUCUACUGAUCAUGUCUCCAAUUUGUCAGCUGGGUCCAAUCAUUCUCACAGAUCCAAAUCACCCAUAUCAAGUAAUCAUUCUUAUUCUUCUCAGAACCUAAAGUCUUCCACUGUAAUACACAAUGAUCAAUACAGAGAUAGAUUGUUAAUUGUCAGCCCAGAACCAUUUUCGAAAUCAAGUCUAACUAAAAGUAAUUUGAAUCCAACUGAAAUAAGAAAGUCUGAUGGCUCAAAAGAACUUAGGUUUCCGAAUGGGAAUGUUAAAUUAAUAUCCGCCGAUGGGAAAUACAGUAAAUUCAUUUAUUAUAAUGGUGAUGUCAAGGAAAAUUUCUAUAGCGAGGGUAGAAUUAAAUAUUUUUAUGCUCAGACCAAGACUUAUCACACCACACAUCCAGAUGGGCUUGAAGUACUUGAAUUUCCUGAUGGUCAAGUGGAGAAGCGCUACAAAGACGGUUCGACGGAAAUCCGUCUACCAAACGGCAGCGUUCGCUACUUCGAUCCUAAGAACGAGCAUGUUCGGGAGGAGUGGCGGUUCCCGGACGGCGCCACGUUGACAGUGUCAGCGAGCGGCGAGCAACGCAUUGUCUUCGCCAACGGGCAGGUCGAAGUCCAUGCUAGUGAUCAUAAGCGCCGAGAGUUCCCUGACGGCACUGUGAAGUUAGUGUACAACGAUGGAACAUCAGAAACACGAUAUGCCUCAGGAAGAGUGAGAAUUAAGGACAAACACGGAAAUUUAAUCAUGGAUUCUGCCUCUGGGUGAUAAUUUUUUUAAUUUAAAAAGUUAUAUCCUUGCCAGUAAUGCAUUUAUGCUUAAAAUGAAUUAUUUAUAUUUUAUUAUUCGAAAAAUAUCGUGCAAAUUGUUUAACGAUUUACAAAUUAAAAUUUGCCAGACAAUUUAUGACAAGAUGUACUUAUGCUGUUUUUGAAAACUGUGCCAAUUUGUUACGAAUUUAUAUUGUAUAAGUUAUAAUUGAUGUUUAACAUGUUUGUAAGUUUUUAAGGGAUAUCAAUUUAAAUAAAAUAUGUUAUAUUUAA